AUGAAGGGUUAGUUGCAACUCGAUCUCAUCGAUGUUUUCCAUGAUUAAAUUCCCGUCUUCCGCAUAGCACAAGUCUUGUGCCAUAUAUUCUUUUGCUUUUGCUUUCUGUAUAGUUUAAUACCAUUUUGCAUUCUGUUACCAGAUUGAUGAUCUUGGUAUGAGAGUUCAUGGGUCUGGUUCAGGACCAAGGUCAGUUGUUACAGGAUAACUAUAUAACCUACUGAGGUAGAAUACAUUAUAGGCCAUCCCUGCAAGACACACAAUAGCUCCUCAGGCAAAACUAAUUUAUGCAAAGCCGAUUUCCGGAAAAUGUUUUAUCAAUUGUUUUGGGACUGUUAGUUUUCUGUUCCCUUUUCUACUCAAAUGUAUUCAACCGCAAACAAAGCUAGGCAAUCAAGGCCUUUUGUAGUUCAGGCAAAGACUUGCAUGAUGUUGAUUGGGGUCCAGCCCGCGGACAAAGCUAUGGUACACCCUGGUGUAGCUUACAGGGUAAUUUUGGUGUAUGUUACACAUAUUUUUGACUAGUUAUGAAAGGGGUGUGUCUUGGAAGGACGAGGUACAAAUAUUUUGGGAAAUGGUACGAAUAUUUUAGCUUCUUGGCAUUUGUUUUGUUUUGUUUUUGUUCUCUUCUUUGUUUGUUUGUUUCUUUGAGUGAAAAAUAAAACAAAGAAGAAAACAGAAACAAAGCACCAAAUCUCAUUCUGGGCGAGGGAUAGCUAAAUCCAAAAAAACGGAUUACCUAUAUCCAGAUCUAGGAAUUUGUUGGGAAAGGCAAUUGACAUGAGAGAAAAAGUCGGUUGAGAGUUGGGCUAGCUUUCCCUUUUCAAUUGCAGAUUGUAGAGUUGGUGUCACUUAACCAUCUCCUACCCCUCAAAUCAUUCCUUUGAUUUUUCCACAUAAAUUUAUAUCCCCUGUUUCCCUUACUUAAACCUCGUUCCCCAGUUCACAGCUCCAGUGACUCCUCCACUUUCUCCAAUUGGGUUUCCAAAAUGGACAGCAACUCAGCAAUGCCAGCGGCUGAUCAGGGGGAAAGAGAAACCGCACGGAGGCCCCGUGGCAGGCCCGCGGGUUCGAAGAACAAGCCCAAGCAGCCUAUCAUCAUAACCCGGGACAGCCCGAACGCGCUCCGGGCCCACGCAAUGGAGGUGGGCUCCGGCUGUGACAUAAGUGAGAGCUUACUCAACUUUGCUAGAAGGAAACAACGUGGCGUAUGCGUGUUGAGCGCCGCCGGCUGCGUCACCAAUGUGACGUUGAGGCAGCCGGCGACUACGGGGGCCACCGUAACCCUCCACGGCCGGUUCGAGAUCCUCUCGCUCCUCGGAUCCAUCCUGCCCCCGCCUGCACCACCGGGGGUCACGGGACUAACCGUUUACCUGGCCGGGGCGCAGGGCCAGGUCGUGGGCGGGAGCGUGGUGGGUGCGCUCGUUGCCUCGGGUCCCGUGGUGAUAAUGGCGGGGUCGUUUAUGAAUGCCACUUUCGACCGGUUGCCGCUGGACGAAGAUGACGCGGCGGCGGCAGUGGCUGGACGACAGCACCACCACAACCGCGUCGACGUGGCGGAGAUUUAUGGGGUGGUGCCACAAAAUCUGCUGACAAACGGCACGCUGCCUCCUGAAGUGUAUUCUUGGGCACCGGGGAGAAAGUGUUAAAGGGUGAGAUCAGAUUGGGAAGCUAGCUCAUAAAAUCAUUUAUUCCUAUU